GAGGGAUAGAGGAAAGGAGUGAGUGAAUGAGAAAGACGGGCACACAGGGAGUGAAACAGACAGAGCGAGAGUUGCGGCUCUUACAUCUAGACGCGUGUAGAUAUUUUGCUCCCGGAGAUUCCAAAUAAAACAAACAAGAACACAACAGAUCGCGCUUGUGACAGGAAAGGCACCCGACAGAGAUAUUUGUAUGACUUUUCUGCCUAGCUGAAUUAUUAUUCCGAGGAAUAGUGUCAUAUGUGGAGAUUUCUUAACCUUGGAACGGCUGGCGUUUUUCAGCGCACGAACAAGGAAUACGAUGCUAAGGAUUUUGGAUCCCGUGGUCACUGUCGUGACCAUUUCCUUUGUGGUCGAGGGGGUGCUCGGUGGCUACGGGAUGAGCAUGUUCGCCGCGCAAACAUCUCCCCCGGACCCUUGCUACGACGAGAACGGUAACCCGAGGAGAUGCAUCCCCGAUUUUGUGAACUCCGCUUUCGGAAAGGAAGUCCGCACUUCCAGCACCUGUGGUAAAACCCCGGGUAGGUACUGCUUGGUAACAGAGAAGGGCGACGAGAGAAAUAGGAACUGCCAUACGUGCGAUGCCUCGGACCCCAAAAAGUAUCACCCACCGGCAUAUCUAACGGAUCUCAACAACCCCCAUAAUCUCACAUGUUGGCAAUCGGAAAAUUACAUCCAAUACCCUCAAAACGUCACCAUAACACUGUCACUGGGCAAGAAAUUCGAAGUCACCUACGUAAGCCUGCAGUUCUGCUCACCUCGACCCGAAUCGAUGGCUAUCUUCAAGUCUAUGGACUAUGGCAAAUCUUGGGUACCUUUCCAAUACUAUUCGACCCAAUGCAGGAAAAUGUACACCAAACCGAGCAAGGCCACCAUUACCAAACAGAACGAACAAGAGGCGAUAUGCACAGACUCCCACACGGACAUGCACCCUCUAUCCGGCGGUCUCAUUGCCUUCAGCACUUUGGACGGCAGACCGUCGGCGCACGACUUCGACAACUCGCCGGUGCUCCAGGACUGGGUCACCGCCACCGAUAUCAAGGUGACGUUCAGCCGAUUGCACACUUUCGGUGAUGAGAACGAGGAUGACUCGGAGCUAGCCCGGGACUCUUAUUUCUAUGCGGUGUCCGAUCUGCAAGUUGGCGGUCGAUGCAAAUGCAAUGGCCACGCUUCGCGGUGCGUAAAAGACAGGGAUGGAAACCUUGUUUGUGAGUGCAAACAUCAUACCGCGGGACCGGAGUGCGACAGGUGCAAGCCUUUCCAUUAUGAUCGGCCGUGGCAACGCGCAACAGCUAGAGAAGCCAACGAAUGUGUCGCCUGUAACUGUAACCUGCAUGCCAGGCGAUGCCGUUUCAACAUGGAGCUGUACAAGCUGUCUGGGAGGAAGAGCGGAGGAGUCUGUCUCAACUGUCGCCACAACACGGCCGGACGCCACUGUCACUACUGCAAGGAGGGUUACUACAGAGACCUGUCCAAAACCAUCUCUCACAGGAAAGCCUGCAAAGCAUGUGAUUGCCAUCCCGUGGGUGCUGCUGGCAAAACCUGUAACCAAACCACGGGUCAAUGUCCCUGUAAAGACGGCGUGACUGGUAUCACGUGCAACCGCUGCGCUAAAGGCUACCAGCAGAGCCGCUCGCCCAUUGCCCCCCUGCAUAAGUACAUUCCCGUUGUUCCCCCGACAACCACAGCCAGCAGUACAGAGGAGCCAGCAGACUGUGACUCCUAUUGCAAGGCGUCGAAAGGCAAACUGAAGAUCAACAUGAAGAAAUACUGCAAGAAAGAUUACGCUGUCCAGGUGCACAUUCUGAAGGCGGACAAGGCGGGCGAGUGGUGGAAGUUCACCGUCAACAUCAUCUCUGUCUACAAGCAGGGCGAGAGCCGCAUCCGCCGCGGCGACCAGUUCCUGUGGGUCAGGGCCAAGGAUGUGGCGUGCAAGUGUCCAAAGAUCAAGACCGGGAAGAAGUACCUGCUCCUGGGUAACAAUGAGGAUUCUCCAGGGCAGUCUGGAGUGGUGGCCGAUAAGGGCUCCCUGGUCAUCCAGUGGAGAGACACAUGGGCCCGUCGGCUGAGGAAGUUCCAGCAACGUGAGAAGAAAGGCAAGUGCAAGAAGGCAUAGGCGGAAAGGACGGACGACGCCUGGAGCGAGGGAAUGGAACGCGGGACAGGAGAAAGGACGAGUGGGUGUUGAAAAAGGACGAGAGGAGAGUGAGGGAGACUGAGGAAGGACAGAAAGGGCCUGUGCGUUGUCGCUACUUUUUCGAGUAGAAGCACGAAGAGAAUAUUAUUGAGAAGAUCUUUUCUAGUGGACUUUUGUGAAGGAGCUCACGCUGCAGGUGUCAUUGCUUCGUUGUUUUUUCCUUCGAGAUUUGUCUCUGUGGAUUUGCCAAGUUUGCACCUAUUACCAGUAUAUAUAAAGUUAUUUGCGUUUUCAUUUUUUUUCAUAUUGAUAUUUCAUAACCCUCUUUUAUGAGCAUUUUGUGCUGGUGCGAAGACACCACCAAUCAAGCCACUGCAUUAUCACAUGCUCUGUUUUCUGUCGUUUUUAGGGUCAGCUAAUAAUAUCACUGACAAACCAGCCUGCAUCGUCAAACGUCCUCACUUCAACUUUUUUUUUUUGUGUUGAAAUUGUGUAUCCUAUUGGCAGUGCAGUAAAAAGUGCCAUAAAAUAACAUUGGUUCUGCGCCUUGGAAAUGCACGUUUCAUGUAUUAUCAAAUAGGUUGCCUUGCGCUUCGCCUGGUCGUAUGUGUAUGUGACAUAAAACGCACAGUAACUAGCUACGUUUUUUUUAUUAUAUCACGGGUGUGACAUAUUGUACAUUUGAUUGAAUGUUGGCCCCUAGAUGCAGACAGUGAAAUGGGAAGAAAGAAAAUGAAUGUCCAUUCUUAAAAGGUGUACAAAAUAUUUGACUCCAGCAUUGUUAACUAAGCUUAAUCGAGGAUAUUAUUUUAAAUCUACAAAUUUCUCUUUGUCCGGUUUCAGUAUUCAGAAUGAUCUGAAAUGAAUGAAUGCUCAUUGUGAAUUGUGGUGAUUAACACACUCUUGUACAGUUUCAAACUGCAUGUCAACCUGUCUCCAAAAAGGAUGGUUCUUAUGUCAAAUACAUGGCGUCCAUAUUAGGACAGCGUCAGAUGAGUUGAUGUCCUAAUAUGGACACCGUGUCCUUACUCUCUUUUUGACUGGUGCUGCUGUCUAAUUUCAUGGUUAGUGUUUUUAAUAAUACUAUUGCUGGAUUCCCAAGAAGAUGAUGGACUGCAUUCAAAAGGUCUGGGAUUCCACAAAGACUCCUGCUAUUAGAAUAAUAACAACCAGAUUUCAGUUUAGGAUCUUCAAUCUCUAUUUAGGAUCACUUGUUUUAAUAUUUUAUCAAUGUUUGGUUAAAUUAUACUGAACAAACAUUAGUGCAACAUGCAAUAAUUAAUGAUUUUACAGAGAUACAAUUCAAUAUAAGGAAAUUAGUCAAUUGAAAUAAAUGAAUUAGGACCUAAUCUAUGGAUUUCACAUGACUGGGCAGGGGUGCAGCCUUGGGUGGGCAUAGGCCAACCCACUGAGGAGCCAGGCCCAAGCCAAUCAGAAUGACUUUUCCCCCACAAAAGCGCUUUAUUACAGAUAAAAGUCCUCCUCAGUUUCAUCAGCUAUCCUGGUGGCUGAUCUCAGACGAUCCCGCAUGUGAGAAAGCCAGAUGUGGUAUGGAAAUGAACAUUAAAUUCUCUAGCAACAGCUUUGAUGGACAUUCCUGCAGUCAGCAUGCCAAUUGCAUGCUCCCUCAAAACUUGAGACACAUGUGGCAUUG